UUCAAACAUUAACCACAAUCCAACUUUACUUAAACAUUAAGCCUAGUGAAGCCAGCAGGAUUAGUACAAGCGCCUGCAGUUACCAGUUCCAUCUGGAUGGAAUGUUUUCUCUUGCAGACAAGAAAAACCAGAAUGUCAAGACAGUAAGAGAGAGUGAUAACAUUUAGUCUGAGUGAUUUACAAAAGUGUGCGGUCUAACAUGGAGCUCUCUGGGGAUUUGAAAUGUCUGAGUCCUCCUGAAUUGAGGCUGUUAUUUAGGCGGAACGUUUCUGGAAUAAUCAAAACAACUGGAUUAGCUGAAGGAUACAUGCAGGCGAAUGUGGUCAUCCUGCCCAAUCAUCUGGCCGAUGACUUUGAAGCCUUCUGUCAGAGUAAUCCCGCCUCCUUGCCUCUUCUUUAUCGCAGCCAAUCAGGAGAGACCUCCUGUCCGCCUCUAGCUCGACAUGCCGACAUAAGGACAGAUAUGUCUCAGUACUGUGUGUAUGAGAAGGGUCAACUCGUGAAAACAGUCUCCAGCCUGCAGAGCUACACCGAUCAAGCAAGGAAUGCAUCAGAUCAGCAGGAUGUGCAUCAUGGCCAUCAGUGGUCAGACAUGGUGUGUUUCUAUCUGGGCUGCAGCUUUGGCUUUGAGGGCAGACUGAAAACAGCAGGAGUCCCAAUUAGGAACGUGGAGCAGGGCAGAAACGUCAGCAUGUACAGGACUGCAGUUCCCUGUAUUCCUGCUGGAGUGUUCAGCUGCCCUGUAGUUGUCAGUAUGCGUCCUGUUCCGGCUGAGAAGCUGGAUGCAGCAGUGGAGGUUUCUCAUCUCAGCCCACUAGCACAUGGAGCACCUAUACACAUAGGAGAACCAGCUGUCCUAGGCAUACAGGACCUGUGCAGACCAGACUAUGGGGACCGACUCGAGCUGCAGCCUGGUGAUGUCCCUGUCUUCUGGGCCUGCGGAGUGACUGCUAUACAGGCAAUACGCAGCACCAAGCCUUUGCUGGCAUUCAGUCACUCACCAGGCUCCAUGUUCCUGACCGACAUUCCAAACUCCUCUACUUCCAUCAUAUCCCCUCCCUCUGACAGCAGGAACACUCCAUACAUUAAACCCAACCCUGAGCUGAUCCCCCUCUGCAUCCUGGUAUCCCACAAGCCCUUGCUGUACAGCCUGGCAUCUCAGAGGGCAGUUUCAAGGAUCAGAGAUCUGGAGAGGAUUAUUGGAGAGGACCCAGGUCAACGGGGGAUCCAGGUUUUAUGCACUCAGGAUGAACUUUUGCGCUCCAGUCUGGCUCUCUCCCACUCUUCCUCCGUUGCCAUAACAACCGGCUUCCCUGCACACUACAUGCACAGGUACCUGCAUCAUAAGGAAGCAAUGGAGUUCAUACAAUGCCCUCCUGAUGAGACAGAUGGGUCACCUGGAGCUAUUGCAAUGGCAACCAUGCUGUUGUCUCUAGGGAAACAGGUGACAAUGGUAACCGACAGGAGAGCCCUGGAGAUGAACCAGGCCAUUAUUGAUGAAGCUGUGAAAACAGGUGUGCUGAAAACUGCAAUCCCAUUGGUCACUUUUGAAGACUGUGGACCAGACGCCGCACUGCAUUUCCUGUGUCACCAUGGAGACCCCAGCAAGCCCAGGUAUGACCACCUUGUGGCGAUAGAGCGCAGUGGAAGGGCUGAAGAUGGAAAUUACUACAACAUGAGAGGUGUAAACAUCAAACAUUUGGUGGAUCCUAUUGAUGACCUGUUUAUUGCUGCCAAAGAUAUACCUGGAAUUAUCACUACAGGUAUUGGAGAUGGUGGUAAUGAGCUGGGCAUGGGUAAACUGAAGGAGACGGUGAAGAACCUGAUGCCCAAUGGGAGUCUCAUAGCCUGUGAUGUUCCUGCUGAUUACGCCAUCACUGCAGGGGUGUCUAACUGGGGGGGCUAUGCUGUGGCCUGUGGGCUCUACCUCCUCCACACUUGCCCUUCACACCAGCGUUACCUAAAAAAAGGUAUUGGGCAGGAAGCCCCACCCCCCCAAGAGCAGCUGCGGGACUGGAUUGCUAACCUGCCGUCUGUGGACAAGGAAGAGUCUUUCCUCUCCACGCUGGUGCGGUUUGGAAUAAGAAGUGGGAAAACUGGUCACCUCGCCAUGGAGGUGGAUGGUUUGACCUUUCACCCCACACACUCUGACAUAAUCACCAGACUACUGGAGGUCACACAAGGAUCCACCUCUCAAAACCCAUGAUCUGCUACUCCUGUGUAUUAUCAGGAGUAUUUUUCAAAGAGACGCUGUUCUCGAAAGUGAAGGAUCUGUCUUUCUAUCUUGAGCAUCAAAAUAACUUUGAUAUCAUAUGAGAAAAUAACACUUUAUAAUCAAAAUACUCUUCUGAAAUUUGUCUUACAUCCCAAGAGGUACACUGUACAAACAAUUACAAAUUAUACAUUAUGAAUAUGUGGCUGCUUUUCCAUCAAUGUUAUCACUUCCUUUUAACACUGAGUGCUCACUCCACAUAGCAACUAAUUCCCAGAUGGGAAAAUAAUUUUAGAUGUGAUGCUAAUUUGUCGCAAACCUUUUUAGAAAGUUACACCACAUAGACGCACACACACAUACACUAAACACACGUAUACACAGACGUACACACACAAUAAAUAUUCUGAUUGGUGAAAUGCUGUUUCCUUUUUAUUCAGAUUGCUGAAAGAAAGUGUAAAUAAAGAGAGAAUUGUGUAUGUGA